AUGGCUUCCCUCGACGACUCCCUCCACCCCUUGGCCGAGUCCGGCGUCACGAUCCGGUCCGACAGCGAGCAGUAUUCGCAGGGCGAAGACCUCACCGAGUCACCCCCCUCGUCAAACUCGCCAAUCAUCCUCUACAAGCCGCCCACGUUCUGGGGUCUGCUUCGCGGCGCUGCCAUCAACCUCUUUCUGCCGUUCAUCAACGGCAUGAUGCUUGGAUUUGGAGAAUUAUUCGCCCACGAGGCGGCGUUCCGGUUAGGAUGGGGUGGCACCAAGGUUUUCCCCCUCUCCAGAAGAAGAGCACACCCCAUCGGCCCGGGCCUGGAGGUUCGCGACAAGCAUCGCAACCCUUCUCCCGGUCUUGAUGACCUUACGAGCUUGGAGUGA